AUGGCUGAAGCUUUUACUCUUCCCUGUUUGGGGAAAAUUGGGGACAUUCUUUUGGAGGAAAUCAGGUCUUGUGUGGUUUACGUGUGUUGCUUCAAUAGCUACAUCAAAGAACUCGAGAAAAACUUGGAAGAGCUUCAAACGACCCAACAAGGGGUUCAACAAAGAGUCGACGAUGACUUGAUCAAAGUGAGAGCUAUAGCUUCAAAUGUUGAGGCUUGGCAGGAAAGUGCAAGGGAGGUCUCAAAUGAGGUUAAAGGAAUUCUCCAAGAGAAGCCAAAAGUCAAGGAAGGUUGUUUGAAUGGGUGGUGCCCCAAUCUCAAAAUGCGCUAUUCACUCAGCAGGAAAGCAGUGAAGAAGACUAAGGCUAUUGAUGAACUCCUGGUUAAAGCCAUCCAGCAUACUAAGUUUUCCUGCAGCCCGCCUCCUGCAUGCAUGCGGACCAUAGCCAAUGGAGAUUUUACGGAGUUUGAGUCUCGAGAGCCUAAGAUGAAAGAGAUCAUUGAGGCUCUAAUGGAUGAUGAGAUCAACUUGAUUGGGAUUUCUGGGUUGCCUGGAGUGGGCAAGACAAAAAUGGCGAAAGAAGUGGGAAGAAGAAUGAAAGAGGAGAAACUCUUCGAUGAAGUUGCUUUAGUAGUUGUUCGCCAAAACCCAGACCUAAGAAUGGUUCAAAAUUCUAUUGCUAACUGCUUUGGGCUAGCAGACCCGAAAAUUCAUGAUGACGCAACAACAAUAGCAAGUCUGUUACGCGAGAGACUUUUGCAAAAGAAAAAGAGAAUUCUUCUUAUACUGGAUGAUGUCUGGAAAGAAUUUGAUUUAGAGGAACAAGGAAUUCCUGUGAAGAGUGCCAAUGGGACUUUCAAAUUUCUUUAUAGCUCACGAUCACGAGAUCUUUGGCAUGAUGUGCCAACUAAAAAGGAGAUCACUUUGGAACUCUUGUCGAAAGAAGAGGCAGGGCAACUCUUUAGGGACAAAGUACGUUAUUUGGAUGAUGCACCGGAAUUGGAAGGAAUAGCCAACAAGAUUGUGAAUAAAUGUGGAUGUUUACCACUCAUGCUGGAAAUUAUCGGUGGCAUACUUUCGAGAAAAAGCAGUAAAACUGCCAUUAUGCAUAGAUGGGCAGACAUGCUUGAUAGUCUGACUCAUAUAAACCGCACUCCUCCGGAUGAGGAUUUGUCUAAAUGUCUAGAGCUGAGUUACAAAUAUUUAGAAGGGGAAGGUAAGAGACUAUUUUUGCUUUGUUGCAUAUUUGAGGAGGAUAAAUCCAUUGCCAUUGAAGAUUUGGCCAGAUACGCACUGGGGUUAUCACUUUUUGAUAAAAUGUAUGAGAUGAGUAGAGUGAGGCAUCGAGUGUUUACUCUGGUUGAUGACCUAAAGAGGUGUAAUUUAUUAUCAGAUGGCGAUGGUCCUCAGAGUGUGAAAGUGCAUGACGUAGUGCGCGAAAUGGGCCAAUCUAUUGCAUUUAGAGAUAAAGUUGCUCUAGUAAUACACACUGUAGAAUCUUACCGGCUGAAGCAGAACAUGUAUGAGGAUUAUACUUACAUCUCGGUGAUCUUGGGGACAAUUACAGAGCUUCAUGAAGGAUUCAAAUGCCGAGAUCCAGAGCUUUUACUGUUGCAAUGCAGGAAACUUGAGAAACUACAGGGCAAAUCUUUUGAGGGGAUGGAAAAACUCAAAGUUUUGGAAAUUAAAUAUUUUCAUGGCAACCUGACACUUCAAUAUUUGGGGAACCUUACAAUGUUGUCUCUUGAAGGAUUUGGUGGCGUGUUGGAUAAUAUAUCGGUAAUAGGAGAGCUAGUGAAUCUAGAAAUUCUCAGCUUUCGCGGUUCGUCGAUCAAGGAGGUACCAGAAGAAGUACAAAAUUUGGUUAACUUAAGGUUGUUAGAUUUGAGCAGAGCACGGAUGUGGAUACCGCCAGAUGUCAUAUCACACCUGACUGGUUUAGAAGAACUAUACAUCGGGGACAGCUACAUUAACGCAAAAGAGCUUAAGUUGUUGUCCAAUUUAAAAAUUUUACAGAUCGUCGAGUCAAAAGCGAGUGGUCCUUCGGAGGUAACAGAGAACAUUUCUCCCGGGUUAACAACUUCUUCAAGUGUAAUGAGCGAGUCAGAGUUUACUAAGGCUCAGGAUGAUGCCAAUCACUUGCACCGUGCUUUUCAGGGUAACACUAACGGAAGAGGUUGCAACAAAUCAACAAUUUUACAGAUUCUUGUCCAUCGAAACGCAACACAGCGUUCUCUUAUAAGGUUGGAGUAUGAAACUAAGUUUUCUGAAGAACUUGACAAUCGCUUGUCUGAGGAGCUUGGUGGUGAUCUUAAGAGAGCACUCUUACUUUGGAUGGAUGAUCCGACAAGUUGUGAUGCAAAAUUAGUGAAACAUGGUUUAAGCAAAAACCUCAAUGUUGCAAUUGAAGUAAUAUGUUCUCAUACUUCAUCCCAAAUUAAACAGCUGAAAAAGACUUAUCAUACAAUGUUUGGUUCUAACCUUGAGGAGGAUAUAGAAUCUCAGGCAUCAGGCGAAACUAAAAAGUUGUUGCUUAGAUAUGUAGGUACAACACGCUCAGAAGACCUGAAAGUAGAUGCAAAGAUGGUAGAUGAAGAUGCUACAGAUCUCUUUAAAGAUGGGGAGUUGAGACACGGAACUAUUAAUGAGGAGACUUUUAUUCGCAUAUUCAGUGAAAGAAGCAGUGCUCAUUUGGCUGCGAUUAAUACUUGUUAUCGCGAAAUGUAUGUGCAUUCAUUGAAAAAGGCUGUAAAGAGGAAAACAUCUUCGAACUUCAAGUGUGCGCUUUUGACAAUUUUAAAAUGUGCUGAGAAUCCUGGAAAAUACUUUGCCAAGGCAUUACAUAAGGCGAUGAAGAGUGGCGUUGGAAUUCAUGAUGAAACACUUAGUAGGAUUAUUGUGUCAAGGGCUGAAGUUGAUAUUGAGAAAAUAAAGGCAGAGUACCUCAAGAGAUAUGAAAAAUCAUUGACUGAUGUGGUUCAUUCAGAUACUUCUGGACAUUACAGAGCAUUUCUUCGCUCUCUUUUGGGGGUACCCCCAUCAAUAGUUAGUGGCUCUUUAGAGUUAACUAUACUGUCAGCCGGUAGUGUUCCUCCGGAGGCAACUACCCUGCCACUAGAGGGUACUAUUCCUCCAAAUGUAAUUACUGGGUCCACAGUGAGUGUUCCUCUGGAGGUAUCUGCUACAUCUACAGAGAUUGUCCCUUUGAACAAAGUCGAGUCAAUUAAGAGUGUGCCUCUGAAGAUAAUUUCCGAGUCAAUAGAAAGUGUUACUGAUUCGAAUGCAACAACCUUGUCAUUGACAAGUAUUCCUCCUGAGUCAAGUGGCGAGUCAACCGAGAGUGUCCAUCUAGAGGUGACCUCUGAGGCAAUAGAGAACGUUCCUACAACGUUUAUUGUCGAGUCAACAGAGAGUGAUCCUUCGGAGUUAACUGCUAAGCCAAAAGAGAGCGUCAUGAUGGCAUCAACUUUAACGAGCGGUACUCCUGAUGAUCAAGAGCUAAUUACUAAGGCUCGGGAUGAUGCAACCAACUUGAACCAAGCUUUUGCGGAGAAUGCCCCAUUGAACACUGGCGAGUCAAUUGAGAGUGCGCAUCUGGAGGUAACUUCUGAGUCAAUAGAGAGCGUUCCUCCGGAGGUAACUAUCCUGCCAUCAGUGGGUGUUCCCCCCAAGGUAACCCCCAGGUCCACCGUGAGUGUUCCUUUGGAGGUACAUGCUACAUCCACAGAGAGUGCCCCUUUGAACACUGGCGAAUCAAUUGGGAAAUCAAUUGGGAGUGUGCCUCUGGAGGUAAUUUCUGAGUCAAUAGAGAGCAUUCCUAUGGAGGUAAGUACCCUGCCACCAGUGGGUACUGUUCUUUCUAAGGUAACUACCGGGUCCAUAGUGGAUGUUCUUCUGGAGUUAUCAGUUGUAUCUACGGAGAGUGUCCCUUUGAACACUGUUGAGUCAACUGGGAGCGCAGUAACUACUGAGGCAACAGAGAACGUUCCUCCGAAUGCAACAACCAUGUCAUUGACAAGUGUUCCUCGUGAGCCAAUUGUUGAGUCAACCGGGAUUGUCCAUCCAGAGGUGACCUCCAAGUCAACAAAGAGCAAUCCUACGAUGUUAGUCGUCCCGUCAACAGAGAGUGCUCCUUCGGAGGUCACUACUAAGCCAACAGAGGGCGUCGUUCCUGAUCCAGAGUUAAUUACUAAGGCUCGGGAUGAUGCGAUCAACUUGAACCGUGCUUUUGCGGGUAAUACCACUGAUAUGCCCUUCUCUUUGCUUUGCUUUUUUCAUUCUCUUUGUUUUCUGUUGGUCUCUUUCUUCAUUAACUUGUUACACCCUGCAUGUAUAUAGGGCCUUGGACAUUACAGCCCCAAUUAUUUUCCAGUACCCAGUGCAUACUCCCAAAAGAAAUUGUUUUACUACGCUGCAGCAUAUAUAUAUAAGUGCAAGGGAAAAAGAAAAAUA